AGGGCUAGACGGCGUUGUCGACAGCCUGUCAGCUACCCAAUUCGUACGACAAGCUUACUUUGUAUGGUGAUGAUGUUCGAUCCAAGUUAGGAUCAGACUUCCCCCUGUUUUUUCUGUGCGAAAUCUCCGCUGGCUAUUCCCCUUAGUCUGCGCCACAACGAUGGUUAAUCUCGUAUGCUGGCAAGCUGGCACAGCACCCGUCAGCUCCUGAGUCUUGUUCGCACCCACGCGUGGUUAACGACAAGAUGCCGUAUUACCUAGAUGAAGUAAUACCACUAGUCACACACCAACCUGGCAUCUAAACUAUAGAAAACGCGCACGGCCGAUUCCCGAAAUCCAUAGGACCGGGGGUGACAUGUAGGGUACGAUGGCUCUAGAAGACAAUGAGAGGACCCGCAACUGGUCAAGUGGCCGAGGAGGGUAUAUAACCUGGUAGGGCGCCUCAAUAGGCCAUUUUGGCUUAGGCCUUUUACUUCUCCAACGGUUUCGAUCGUCUGUCACUCGUUAUAUUUCCUAUAGUCAUCGUAUAUAUACAGAUAUAUACGGUUACUAUUCGCCACAAUGAAGGCCUCAGUCGCUCUUUUUGUAUCUGCGGUAUCAGCCGCGUCGAUCCCGAACCUACACACCGAAGGUCUACCGCUCUCUACGUUCGGACAAGUCCAUCACAUUUCUAUCGAAGAUGCCAUCGCCAAGCUCGAUCUUUCUGGUACUAACUUCACCAUUCUGCCCAUCUCCGAGGUUAAGGCGGUCCUAGAUGACUUCUUCAGCCUCUCUGAGGGGAAGAUGAGCACUGCCAGCGUUUCUAACACCGCGGCUGAUGGGAACUGCGCCAACCCGGACAUUCGCUUCGAGUGGGACAACUACUCGACCUCGGACAAGAAGGCCUUCGUCAACGCCAUCCAGUGCUUGAUCAACAAGCCCCCGUCCGGCAAGUUCGCCCCGGCCAAGAACCGGUACGAGGACCUCGUGCGUCUGCACCAGUCGUACUCCCCCAACAUUCACAGCAAGUCUACCACUCAGCAGACGCACAAGUUCCUGCUGUGGCACCGAUACUAUGUGUGGGCCUUCGAGCAGAUUUUGCGCGACGAGUGCGGCUUCGACAGGGCGAUGCCGUGGUGGGAUGAGAAGAAGUGGGCUGGAAAGUUCGCCCAGGCGACCAUCUUCACCCCUGAGUACUUCGGAAGCCUGCCCGGCCCCAAGAACAACGCCGCCGUCUGUGUUAACGACGGAACAUUCGCCGGCCUGCAGCUUUCUCUCGGUCCCGGCAUGUCCACCAAUAACCCCCACUGUCUCCAGCGCGCCGUCAACGAGCAGACCACCGUCCAGACCGGCCAGAAUGCCUGGAACACCUGCAUGUCGCGUACUUCGUACCCCGACUUCCACAGUUGCGUUGAGUUCACUUUCCACGCCCAAGGCCACAACGGUGUUGGAGGUGUUAUGGCCGAUGCCAUCGCCUCGCCCGGCGACCCGUCUUUCUUCAUGCACCACCUGUUCGUCGACUAUGCCUUCCGCAAGUGGCAGCUCGACGACCCAAAGCGCACCACUACCAUCAGCGGAUGCGCCGACAACCAGAACUGCGCUCCUCUGACCAUGGACACCAUGGUGUACAUCGGCAACAUCUGCGGCGAGAAGUGCCCCGACCUCAAGGUCCGCGACCUCCUCAACACCCAGAGCGGCCAUUUCUGCUACCGCUACAACUACUAGAGAAGAGUGAAGCGGCGUGGCGUUGGCGUGGCGUAGGAGCAUGACCGCGUGUGCGCGGAAAGGUGCUUUUUUGACGAACGAAGAAGGAAGUGUACCUGUAUAAAGAACGAAAAAGAAAACUUUGCCAUGGCUUUAGACGAGGGGGGGUUGGCGCGUGCCUGGAUCGCAACUAAAGAUACCAUUACAUCGAACAAAUGAAUCUGCCUCUUGCCAUAUAUAGAAAACUAAUACUAUUGUAAUUAGACAAAAUCAACCUCUAAUGUUCAAUGGCACGCUUCCCUUUGAC